AUGGAGGAUUCCGCCACCAUCACCGAAUCCUCACUGCUCUCGGAACUCCAAUUCUCCACUGAUCUCUCCUCCAUCCACCACCGCUUCUCCUCCUACCUCGACCCCUUCUCCGCCGUCCUAAAUAAACCCAAGAAACACUCCAAAUCUUCAAAAAUUGAAGCCGAAGCAUCAACUAUUAUCCGCUCCUUAGCUAAGAAGUUCCUUCCUUUUCUUAGCAAAUCCCUAUCUAUCCUUCCGAAACGCCUCAAUGAAACACCCAAAAUCGAUUCUUCUUAUGCUUCGGAACUCUUUGAAACCUACAGACUUUGUCUCAGUUGUUUGGACGCUGUUUCGUCGCAGCUAUCGUGUAAACCCCACUCGGUUCAGAUCCAGCGGGUUCGGUUGAUACAUUGCUAUGAAAAUUGGGGGAAAUAUGAAGAUGCGCAAGAUGAAGGGUUUUCGGUGCUCGAGUUUAUUGGGAAAUUAUCGGGUAAAAAAAGUGGAAAGCUAAGGGGACGGCUUCUUCCAGAAUUAGGGAAAGAUAAUGAUGACAAGGAUGUCGCGAUGUUGAUCCUAGAGGUCGUUGUGACACUUGUCAAGUGUGUUUCAAAUGCUCGAAGCAAAAAUGAGGAAAGUUUCCAUAGAGUAUUGUCCAUUGUUAAGGAAAUCCAAGAAUUGAGGAUUAUAGACGCGGAUGCACAUGAGAAGUUGCACAGAAUGCUUGCGACAUAUCUGAGUAAAUGUGCUUUGUUUCUGGUUGGGGAACUUGCAAGCUUUGACGGGAAGCUGGCCCAUGAGUUUUGUCUUAUAACAUUUUUAGAGUUUACAAGAUCGUCUAUGAAUGAUCAAAUGGAAAAGUUUGGACACAGGAUAUGCUCUUCACUUUUUUCACAAUUGGACAAUCAACCUCCAUUCAGUCUAGGCAUACUUACUUGUGUGUUGGAUGCUAUGGCUCAUGAAUGCAAGGUCGGUAAGGAGAAGUCUCUUAUAGAUUUUCUGGAACUUGUCCACUAUUGUGCCACUGCCAUCAAAUGUCGAAAUGCAACUGUAGAUUUUUGUGGCGCAGUUGCAACUCACUUCGACAAACUAGCAGACGACUUUUCUCAGGUCAAUUUAUCAUCAAUCAUGAGGCUUUACAGUAUCAUACUGUCCAUCAAUGACUUGAAUUCUCAUUCAAGAGGGGGCAACUCCAAAAUGCCGAAAGCUGGAAAGGAUAUUUCUAUCCCCAAGGUUUUGCUUAGCAUGGAGGAUCAGCUACAGAGGCUAAUUAACACCCAUGGCUCAUAUAAACUUAGUGCUGAAGAGCUUGAAAGCACCUAUAAGGCUUUGUACUUUACUGCAUUAAAUUUUUUGUGUGAGCCACUUUCUGAGCUAAUAAACUCUGAGCGUAAAGAUAUACUUUGUGGACUUGAAGACGUGUCGUUACCUAAUAUUCAGGAUGCUUUUCAUCAGUUCAGACUUGUUUUUCUUGCUUACGGUGAUAGGCAGAGAAAUGUAUAUGAGGACAACAGCCGAGCUGUACUCGCUGUAGCUUCAGCUGCUUUCACACUCUCAUAUACUACAAAGCAAAAUGCCGAGGAGAGUACUAAUUUUCUUACACAUAUUAUCAAAGCUGAUUGGGUCCACGCCAAUGGGCUGAAAUUUCUCUUUGCUUCUUUGCACAAUGUUGGUAUAGUUUUGUACAGAACUAACAGAUUAAAAGAGGCUACAGAGUCAUUUAAAUUAUGUUGCGAAGCAGCAUGGAACUGCGUAUUACAUUUUUGCAAGAUGUUUGCUUCAAGCAGAGAUGGGUGUUCUAGUGAUGUCUCGGAGGAUGUCAUAGCUGGUUUUGUCACCGAGGCAUGUGCAAAAAGUGCUUUUCUGUUGGACAUACUUCACCAAUGUGGUAGCAAGGAGAUAAGUGAGAUCCUUGCACAUUAUCUUAGAAGUUGGUUUGUUGCUCAAAGCUUGUUUGCCAAGAUUCCGAGCCCGGAAGCUUUGGUUAAACAAUGGGUGAAGAUAGAAUGUAAACGAAUAAAAGACCCUGAAGAAGCUGAGCAUAGGGUUCCAACCUUAUAUUCUCUAAUGUCAUCUUCGGAAGUGUCAAAGGAAACUCUUGGUAGUUUAUUAGAGCAGGAGCUUCAAGCGUAUAAGGAAAUGAAGUCUCUUAAUCCAAAAUUAAGUAAAACAAUGCAAACGACUAUCACAAACAUCCUCUUAGAAGAGAUCUACAGUACAAAGGAUAGCUGCUUACAAAAAUCUAGGAUUCUCAUUGCAAAGGGAAUGGAAUCACGGGCAUGUGGAGUUGAAGGUCUGAAUGGUUGUAUUAAUUAUUUAUCUGAAGCAAUAUCUACACUGAGUGACUUGUAUAACAAGAGCAAGGACGACCGUGGUCCAAUGUGCUAUCUAUUAGCUGAGGCUUAUUGCUUACGUGCAUUGUGCACCCAGGAGGCGGAACCAAACUCAAAGCAUUUUAUUCAAGAUAUUGACAAUGCCGUAAAGCUAUGGUCGAGCCCAGAUUGUUCUCAAUCUGCUGAAGAUAUGGUGUUUCAGAAGACUCUUACGUUGCUGCAUUAUGUUGUUGAUUUGAUAUCUCUGAAGGGAUACAUGGUAGAUCAUUUGCUGAUAUAUGAAACUAUGAUUAAGUUUUCUUCGUGGAAGAAUGUUCCUUUGAAUGAUUGGUUGGCCUUGCUUUGGCAAUUCAGGAGCCUUAGCCAUGCCCUUUGUGCUUCACCUAUUAAUGAUGAAUUCAUCAGGGCAUUGUCUAAGCAUUGUGCUUUGUCCAACUCGGUGGAGUUCUGGACAAGUUGUAUGAAGAGAUCAAAAUCAUUAGAAGUUGGAUUUCGGCAGAGUUUGAUAGUCAUCUCUACCCUUUCAUCCUCACAUUCUUAUAUUCAUGAUCAUGCUACUAAAGCGGACAUAACAAUUGAUGAAGUCAAGCAGUCUGCAUCUGAUCUCAUUAAAAGUGUUCCUCUGUCCAACACUUCUUUGUUUCUUGCUUCACAACUAUAUUAUGAUUUGGGUGAAAGCAUGAUUGCAAGGGGAUUAAUGGUUGAGGCUAUUUCACAUGCAAAAGAAGCCCAUCGUCUGCGUAGCAAACUUUUUCAUAAAAAGUUUAUGUACUCAAUAGAGCAACAAAAUGAUACUGUUGGUGCUAAUGGAGAAGUCAUUCAGAAACGCAGAUUCGGCCUUGAGACUUUCCACAUGCAUUCCUCAGUGGCCACAGCAGCUUGGUCAUCUGUUAAGGGUUCAAGCGACUUUGAUGACGGUAUACUGACUCCAUGGAAUAUACUUCGAUGCUAUCUUGAAAGCACCCUUCAGAUAGGGACCCUUCAAGAUAUUGUUGGAAAUGGUUCUGAAGCUGAAACUCUUUUACGAUGGGGGAAGGACAUCUCUUUUUUCCAAGCGUUGCCAAUCUUUUUAGUCGCCUUUUCUGCUGCGUUAGGAAAACUAUACCGUAAGCAACAACUUUGGCAUUUAGCUGAAAAGGAGCUAGAAAGUGCUAAACAUAUAUUGGCUGAUAACUGCAGUCUCAUUUCUUGCUCGAAGUGCAGAUUGGUUUUAGAAGUUACAGUUGAUCAACAAUUUGGUGAUCUCUUUCGAAGCCGUUUCAAUAGCACCACUGGUAAUAAACUGUACGAGGGAUUAUCAAAUGCUGAAUUCUUUUAUAGUUCUGCUGAAGAGAAUCUGAAACUUUAUGAAUGGAGAAAUUGUCUUAGUAAUCCUGAGGAAGCAAGUGCAAGGAACACAAUGUUCUGUGACGCUCUUUUGUCUGUUGGGAAAGCUGUAGGCAUUUCAUCUAAUUGUGGAGAUAAGGCCGAGCAUAGUUCUCUCUCCAAAAUUAGUGGGAAGGAAACAAUCCAAUCCAAAGUAACCAGGAAGAAUAAGAAAACCACCAAGCCUUUACCACAGGAGCAACGGAUGACUUCAAGAAUUACUAGAUCUUCUAAGCAAAGAAGUGAAUAUGCUCUAAAUGAGGUGCACGAUGAUGUUUACAAGUUUUCAGAUAGAAAGCAAGUAUAUGCUUGCACUGAUGCACUUAUUGGGAAGGGGCCACAGAACGUUGACCACGUUGCUGCUUGUGGAUGUGAAGCUACAUGUGUUUGUGACGAAGGAAAAUGUUGGCAUUGUCUUCCUUCUGAAGUUAUGAAAUCGUUGUCUUUGAGAAAUAUUAUACAAACGAAAUGGGAGUGCAUUCGCAGGCGUCUUUUGCUUAGAGUACUCACCGGGAGAGGAAAAUGCUUUGGGGUUCGUGGCGAAAUUCAGCAAGCUCAUAAAGUAUUCUUGAAGAGCAUAUCCGUGCUACUUAGAAGAAGCACAUUUCACCAAUCACAUUUCUCAAUCUCGUUCACUUUUCUGGCUGAGUUAAUUGAGAAAAAUGUAACCGGAGAUAUCUUUGCGGUAGAGCACGCAUCAAUCCUCUACAAUAUAUGCUGGUUUUCAUUGAAAAGCUUUCGUGACAACGAUACAAGGAACCAUGAUUGUGACUCAUUCAUUCCUGCUCCAGUAGUUGUGUCGGGUUUGAAGUUAGCUUUCAUACUUUGCCGGGAGGUUCCAAUGCUUUUUCAAAAGGUUUCGCGGUUGCUUGCUGUUUUGUAUACACUUCCUCACUCAAACAAGGCAUUUUCUAUGUUGUCAUCUUCUAGCAAUGUUCUAUCUGAAUGUCAGUGGGCAUCCUAUUUUCAUCAAGCGUCACUUGGAACUCAUCUUAAUCACCAGCUGUUUUCUUCUGUUGAGAAGCACAAAGAUCAGAAAACUACAGAUGUUGAUGGUUCUUGUCUCCCCAGCUCAAUCUCUCUCAGUAGGUUGGCUCCCGAAUCAGUUCUGGAUCUUGAAGGAUUCGUAUUGAAGUUUCUUCAAGGGCUUCCCCACGUGACCAUUGUUUGUAUCAGUAUGCUUGGAGAUGAUUUUGCCAGCUUACUGAGAGAAUUAUUGCCAUAUAAUCCUUCUACUCAUGCAUGGAUCAUGCUGUCUCGUUUCAAUUCAGAUAGCAUACCAGUUGUCAUAGUUCUGCCUAUUGAUUACAUCUUAUCAGAAAGUUCAGAAGAAGGUGAAGAUUCAAGUUCUAGUUUCUUGUUCAACAAAAAGACUUCUGUCAAAUCGUGGCAUUGUCCUUGGGGCCACACUAUCGUAGAUGAAGUUGCACCACUGUUCAAAAUGAUUUUAGAGGAAAAUUACACAUCAUCGUCGGCGUACCCUCUUGAGGAUACUAAAAAGAACAGGUUAUUAUGGUGGACUCAGAGGAGAAAACUUGAUGAAUGCCUCAGUGUUUUUCUGAGGGACAUUGAAGAUAUAUGGUUUGGCUCUUGGAAACACUUGCUUUUGGGAGAAUGGUUAGACACCAAGCACCUUGAUUCUCUACAGAAGAAACUAAAGAAAGAUUUGAAAUCCAAGUGUAAAGUUGAUGUGCAUGAGAGUAUUCUCAAAUUAGUACUUGGAGGUGCUCGACAUGCCUCUCAACGAACAGAAUGCCUAUCAGAUCUAAUUUUGAACAACGGAUGCUAUGUUGGUGGAAUUGAAUGUAACAACGACAGAAGUCCUGGGGAAUGUUCUAGAAAGCAAGACAGUAUUGACAGCUUAUCCUUGUCAGUUUCCGAACUGAUAAUAAAUGCAGUCCACGAAAUUGAAGAGGAAGAUUUCCCAGAUAGAGAACCUGUUAUAUUGGUGCCGGACUUCGAUAUACAGAUGCUACCAUGGGAAAAUCUGCCCGUAUUGAGAAACCAGGAGGUCUACCGUAUGCCAUCCGUUGCCAGCAUUUCCUUCACAUAUGAUAGAUGCUGCCAUUAUCAGGAAAAGGUUGGAACGGAUUCUGCUGUAUUCCCUAUGAUCGAUCCACUCGAUGCAUAUUAUUUGCUGAAUCCAGGCGGUGACCUCAGCAGCACGGAAGCAGAAUUUGGGAGUUGGUUCAAAGAUCAAAAUUUGCAGGGGACGACUGGGACCUCACCUACCGUGGAUGAACUGAGUGUGGCCUUGAAAAGCCAUGACCUUUUCAUGUACUUUGGCCAUGGAAGUGGGGUACAAUAUAUUCCGGGUGAUGAGAUCCAGAAACUCGAUAGGUGUGCGGCAACUCUUUUAAUGGGGUGCAGCAGUGGGUCUAUAUCUUUGAAUGGAUGCUAUACCCCAAAAGGUGCUCCGCUGUAUUAUCUCCAUGCAGGUUCGCCUGUCAUAGUUGCCAACCUAUGGGAAGUAACGGACAAGGAUAUUGACCGGUUUGGUAAGGCAAUGCUUGAUGCAUGUAUAAGAACACGCUCAAUUACGUCAGCAGGUUGCGCGCAAUGCUCUCAAAUUUCAGUGGAAUUGGAAAAAUUGAAGAUAGAUGACGAUAAAAGAAAGGGGAAGAAAAAAACAUCAAAAAAGAAGUCUGUUGAACCUUGUAAAGAUGAUAUUUGUACAAUCGGUUGUAAACAUAGACCGAAGAUUGGGUCGUUUAUGGGACAAGCUCGAGAAGCUUGUACGCUUCCAUUUUUGAUCGGAGCUGCACCGGUAUGUUAUGGUGUUCCAACAGGUAUUAGAAAGAAAGAUUUAGUGUAAAUAUAUUAGGUUGUUGAUGAAAUCUGUAAUGUUAAGACAUGUAAGUUUUUCAAUUGGUUGGCUUUUUCGUAUUCUUUGGUGAA